GCAUGGAACACUACACAGCCAUAAAAAUGAAUGAAAUCAUGUCCUUUGCAGCAACAUGGAUGCAGCUGGAGUGUCUUAUCCUAAGCCAACUCAUGCAGGAACAGAAGACCAAAUACUGCAAGUUCUCACUUAUAAGUGGGAGCCAAAUGUUGGGUAUUCACGGACAUAAAAAUGGAACAAUAGACACAGGGCACACACUUUAUUAGUAAAGGGGAAGGGAGUAGGACAAGGUUUGAAAAACUACCUGUUAGGUAAUAUGCUUACUACCUGGGUGACGAGAUCAUUCACAUCCUAAACCUCAGGAUUAAGCAAUAUACCCAUGUAACGAAUCUACACCUGUAGUCCCUAAACCUAACGAAAAAGUUGAAAUUAUUAAAAAAAAAAAAAUCAGCAUGAUUCUCUACUGAUUCAAAUAAUAAUGUAUGUCCAUCAUUUCUUAUUAAUUUUAUUCUUAGGUUUAUUGCCUAGAACUAGGUUGGCUGAAAGCAAAAGAAAAUCAAAAUGACAGUCACUCAAAUAUGAAAGACAUUUAGUUCUCUCUUACAUGACAGUAUCUCACAAACAGCUAGUAUGAUAGUUCUGUCACACAGUCUUCAGGGUCCCAGGUGCCUUCUAUAUUUUCUUACUGUCUCUUCAGGUGUCAAUUCUGGUAAUUAAGAUUUGAUAUAACUGCAAGAGUGGUGGCUCUCAUAUCCCCAUAAGUAAGAAAGAGGCAAGGAGAACAUCCAGGUGUCUUACAGGGAAAGCUUUUAGAAAUGAAUACAGAAUUAUUCCACUUAUAUCUUCCUUAUAUCCCUUUGUUCAGAAUAAGGUGCUACAUGGCCAUAUCUAGUAGCAAGAGAACCUGAGAAAUAUUGCCUUUAUUUUGGGAAGCUAUGAGUCAGCAAAAACUGACUAAUAUUCUAUUAGCAUGGGAGAAGACAAAAAAGGACAUUAUGGCACAGCUAGCGUCUUCACCACAGUAGACACUUUUUAGUUUGUGUUGCUAUUACUAACACAUAUUUUUCACAUAUAUUUUUCUCCCAUACCUUCCCUUAUAAUUAUAUAAAGUACAACUCUUUUAUAACUUGAGAAAUAAUGCCCUCUAAAUUUCCAAAAAGUAGGAUUGUGUCAUUGUGCAAAAAGACCAAGAUGACCAAGGUGAGCCUGUAUAGUAGCUAACUGAGCUUUGGAGUCAGACCAUAUGAUUCAAAUCCACUUUGGUGCUGUCUGGGAACAGUUCUGCCUUCUGUGCCUGGUUGGGUUUUCCAGAAUGUCUUAUUUUCAGGAAUACUCAGGUUAAAUGGAAGCCCCCCCCACUUUUUUUUUUUUUUUUUUUUUUUGGUCUUAUCAGAGAAAAUUAGGCUGCCGGAAUCCUGAGAACAGAGGAAGCCAUCCUUACCCUCUCCUGCUCCAAGUUUUCAUUGCCUGGAGGAUCCUAUUUAGCAUCGUUCUUUUUUCCUCUUAUUUCUUGCCCACAGCUAGAAGUUCAGCCUACCUCUCAUUUAGAACUAGGGCUCUGAACAUGAAGGGAAUUAUCUGUGUUAGGUACAAAUUCCCAUCAGUGGUGGGUACAUUAUGGUGGAGAUUUUGGUAACAAAUACAUAUUGUGAUAAAAGUAAAUAAAAAGAUAAAUAUAAAAAGUAAGCCUACAUCACAUAUAACUCCCUAUGUUGAAAUAAGUAUUAUUUUUUUUCUCCCCAUAUCCCUUUUUUAUUUCUUACCUUUUCUUUUUCUGUAAACUCACAAGAUGACUGUGAGAUGUAAGGUAGAUUGAUUCGCACAGCUUUACUGUUAAAUCACCCGUUCUCCUACCUGGAGUGUUCAAACCCUUCCCACAUCAUUAAUCUCAACUGCUGAACUGAUGGGAAUUGAACUCUACAAACAGGUUGUCGGCCAAAGGAGAUGUCCCCAGGCAAAUACUUAUGUUAUUUUUACCUAGUAAACCACGUUUUCUUUUUUAAGAAAACAAAAUCAAAAUAAAAACAACAAUCUGUUUUCCCCAUAGAUGGAUAAAAUGACCCAAAAUGUGUUGAAAUUGAAAUGGAAAUGAAUCACCUUUGGACACCUUCAGGACUUGCAACAUCUAAACUAAUAACUAAGGAAAAAUGUAUGAAGUAGUAGAUAAAAGACUCAAUUAUACCUGUGGCGUGUGACUAUUUCUGCCUGGAGUUAGACAAAACAAUUUGUGUCACAGUCCCAGAGUUGUCUUCAACUAAGGCAGUGUAACGUAGUGGUCAAAAUGAUGGGCUCAGUGUCACGCAGACUUGGUUUGUAAUCUCACCUUUGCUUGUUACAAUCAUGGCUGUGUUAUUUCUUCCUGCUAAGGUUCAGCUUUCUUAUCUUUUGACUGAAAACAACACCUUCCUGUGAGUCUUGUUGUAAGCAUUAAAUGAAAUAAUUUGGGCAAAGAUUUUAGACUAUAGUGAAAUAAUAAAUAUUAGCUAUAACUUCUACUGGUACUAAUACUACUACUAUAUUUUUAUUAUUACUAUUAAUAUUUGCACUCAUACUAUGUGAAGAUGCUCAUCUAAAUGCUGUGGGCCCCAAGGUGUGGAGGGUAGGAUGUUAACCCUUAAUAUGCUUACAGUCUAGUUUGGAAGAAUACACUUAAGUCAUAAUUAUGUUUAUGGAUAAAAGUAUGAUAGUUCUUAUUAAGACAGAAAUCAUUUUGUUUUUCUAAUAAUGAACUCCAAUAAAUUAUACUGCCUUGAUUCAUUUGCAGUGUGAUGCUGCCAUUUAUCCCAUAGUAAAUGGUAUCUAUUCUCAUAGUCCUUGAAUCUGAGUGGCCUUGAGACUUGCUUUGGCAAAAUGAUGUGACUUGUGUGACUUGCAAGCCUAGGCCUUAAGAAUUUUUGCUGCUUCCACUUUCAUUCUCUUGGAACAUUGCUGAAAUUACAUGAAGAAUCUUUUUCUAGCUUCCUGGAGGAUGAGAGACCAUAUGGAAGAGAACCAAAACAUUCAUUCAGGCAACAUUCAGUGCCAACUUCCAGGUGCAUAGUUGAGGCCAUCUUGGAUUAUCCAGGCCCAGCUGAGCCAUCAGAUGAAUGCAGCCACAUGAGUGAUCUUAGGAGAAAUCAGCAGAGAAACCACUCAGCAGAGCUCAAGCCCGAUGCUCAUGAUCAAAUUCGAGAAUCCUUGGGUAUCGUCUCACAGAUGGUGUACUAUGACAUUUGUGCCACUGGACAUUGAAUGAGCCAUUCUAGAAGGUAAAGAUUUCUCUUGUUAACCACAUCUAUGCUGGCUUUGUGAUGGUAUACUCCAAGAAUUAAUAUUACAUUUAGUAGUUCUUAACAUUUUAUCCAUUUUCUUUCAGCAAUAAGAUGAUUUUGCUACUUCUCAGGUAAUUAAAUAGAAUGUACUAACUGGGGUCAUUUAAAAUCUUUUUAUAAAUAAUUCAAGAUUAGAAGAACACUUAAAUACACUCAUUUUAUAAAAACAUUUAAACAGAAUAUUAGCAUUAAAAGUGAUUGAGAAAUUAAAUCAGUCUUGAUACUUAUGUUUGAGUUGUAAUUAUUUUCUUUCUUUUUAUUUUUAGUCUAUCAUUGAUUUAUCAUGUAACUUAUAAAAAUUGACAGGCAUUAACUGGACUAUAAGUAACGAAAUAAUGAAAUAAUGUGAAACAAGAAUUAUUUGCUUACUAGUUUGGAAUUAGCUUGAUGUAACUGCUACAUGAAUAUCAGAAUUUUAAAAUUACUUCAAGGAAAGUUUUAUGCCAAUAAAUAACCAUAUAGAUUUAUUUUAUUAUAACAGCUUAUAUUCCUUGAAUAUGAAACAGUUCUUUCUUUUUAAAAUAAUUUCUUUCCUAUAUGGUAGUAAAGUAAGAACUUGAUGAAUAUAUUAACCCUUCCAGAAUUCUAUAGUGUUAUAUUGUAGUAAAGUAACUGAUAUAUGACCUGUGCCUAAAUAGUUGUUGACAGUUGUAUGUCAUUAUUUGUACCCUACAAACAUGGUAUCAAAUUUGUCAAGAUUCAUCUUAGGUUACUAGUAAAUUUCUAGUUUUCAGACAAUUUUAUUAGGUAUAUUUUUUCCUUUUUAACGAUGAAGUCAUUGAGGAUAUAGCAUUGAACAAGUCACUCAUGAUCACAGACACUAUAAAUGGUAUUUGGACCCCACAUAUUAUUCUGUAACACCCAUCUCAAGAGCAAAAGGAUAUGGACAUUUUGAUAUGCUGUCGAAGUUGUUUAUGAGUUCAACCAUAAAAUGCAAGAAUUUCCAACAAAUAGUCUCCAAAUAAUGUCAGUGGGGUGAGUAUAUCUGGAAUGAGAUAUUUAGCAUCUGAGAAUACUAUUAGUUAUAUGUUAACAUAUGUGAGAGGCACACCCUUGUUCUCUCUGACAACUAUCUGCCAGUUUCCCAGGUAAUGCUACUGUGAGUUUUGCAUACUGUAUUUUAGAACAUUUUCAUCUAAUGUCUUCUACAGAGAGUUUUGAGGUAAUGUUGAAUAUAUUCUAUGUCCGAAGGCAUCCUGAAGGAAGUGACAUUUGAAUUGAAGUCCGAAUAAAGUCAAGGAGCAGAUACCUAAAGAGAGAACAUUCCAGGAAGAGGAAACCUCCAGUGCAAAGGCUUUGAGAUAAGGGUAUGCUUGUUGAUGACAGAAAUAGCCAGAGGACAAGGUAGCUGGAAUUAGUGAAUCAGAGUGAAGGUGAUAAGUGAUGCAGAUGGAGAGUUAGUCUAGGCUAGCCCAAGUAAUUGUAGAACUCUGUACAUUUAGAAAAAAGACUUUGGAUAUUUUUCUAAGUGUCAUGGGAAGAUCCAGAAGGGUAUUAAGCAGAGAAUAAUUAUCUUCAAUGUCUUAAAGGGAUUGCUAUCAUUGCUCCAUGAAGAAAUGACCAGAGUACAAGCAGGAAACCAUUUAGCAUGCUGUGACCUUGUUCUAGGGAAUGAUGGUGGUGUGGAAUGGGGCAAUAACAGAGGAGGAAACCAGAAGUGGUAGAAUUUAUGUGCUGCUUUAACAAAACUUAUUUUUUCUUUUUAAUUUUUGUGGGUUAAUGGGUACAAAGAAAUAGAAAGAAUGAAUAAGACCUACUAUUUGAUAACAAAACUUCUUGAUGGACUUAACGUGGGAUGUGAUAUAUAGUGAGACACUAAGAACAAUGUGCACACAUGCCAGUGCUCUUUACUAAAAUGGGUAAGCCUAAGGGAGGAAUGGUUGUAAUGAUUUUGUUUAAAGAAGCUCACUCAAGUGAAGACCUUUGCAUAUAGGUCUGAAGUUUAUGGGAGAAGUUGAGUCUGAAGUAAAAUUUUAAUCUUCAGUGUAAAGAUGGUAUUUAAAGCCAGUGAAACUGGAUGGGGUCAUCUAAGGAGUUAACAGAGAUAAAGACAAGUUACUAGGCGUAAGUCCCAGGGUCCUUCCAUAUUUAUACGUUGGGGAAGGAAUGGCAUUCAUCACAGGAGAUAGAGAAUGGUCUGGUAUGAGAAAAACUAGGGAAGUGUGGUGCUCCAGAAACCAAUGACCAACUGAGGCAAUGCAAGAAAAAGCAAAUGAAUGUCUAGAAGGUUCCAGGAAGUCAAAUAAUAUGAAGACAUGAAAAAUGAAACAUUAGAAGUAAUGUGGAGGUCAUUGAUUAACUCGGCAAGAGCUGUUUUAGUAAAGUGGCUGAGAUGAAAUCCUGGAUAGAAGUGAGUUCCAGACAGAGCCAGUGAGUGUGAAAAUAGAAUCAGGAAGUGUGGGCAAUUGAAGUUUUUCUUUAAAAGAGAAUAGAAAAAUAAGGAAAUGAUCUCAAAAGAGUAUUUUUUAAGGUGGAAGAAGCAACAGCAUAUUUGUGUGCUUACAACAAGAUCCAGUAAAGAGAGAAUACUCGAAGAGGGAAUGACCUUGGCAGGAGGAGAAAUGGGAUCUAAGGUGCAAGUGGAGGUGAUAUCUUAGUAAAAAUAGGUUUACUUUGAUAUAUUUUGUGAAGUUGAAGAUGCUAUCUAAUGAGAAUGUCUUCAUGUGCACGGAAAGUGGGAGAGGAUAUUCAGCGGUUCAGGAAAGAAUAGAAGAUAGGAAAUAAUUGCCUGAGGAAGUCAGAGAAUGAGUUGACUAAGGAAAUGUACUAGGAUUAUAGGCAGUAAUAAAAGUUUACUUGGAUUGGAAUGGCCUGAAAAAGAAAUGACAAAUCAUACACUUGAGCCAUCAAUAAACAAGUAUAUUCAGUAUAGCAGGUGAGGAAUCUGGCAGCUGUGGUGUCUUAGUGGCAAUCAUAUUUAAGCUUGAGUAAAUAGCUACAUUAGUUUCCUCAGUAAUUUUCUGAUUUGGAGGAUAUCGGUCAUCACCUGGGGAUACAGACCUCAGAAUCUUCCUUGUAUGAACAUAGAUUGUCUAUUACACUUGUUAUCAGAAUUCUAGCAAAGUCAUUUGUGUCUAGAGUAAGACUCCAUCUUAAGAAAGGAACAUGGUAUGCUUAUUUUGACACUUAGGCAAAAACACAGUUUUCCAGACUGGAUUCACAAUAAGAAAAAAAGAUGAAGAAGAGAAACCUGCUGUAAGUGGGGAUUCGGAUAUCCGUGAUCCAUCCCAGCUCACAGAAUACUGCAUCAUCUUGUCUCAGACCAGGAAUUCUCAUUAGGUGAAGAAAUUGAAAUAAACAACUAGAAAAUGGUGGAACCAAAAUUCAAACUAAGUCCAACUGGCUCUAAAAAGUCCCAUCGGAUUUCACAAUUUCACAAUACAAUAAGAAGCCUGUCUGAUAGAAAUGUACCCCAAAAGAACUCUGAGAGAAUAUACUCAACUGUCCUGCUGUGAUUAAACAAGACUGCUGUAUUUUACCUGAGCUUGGCAAAGCAAGGAUAUGAACAAUUGUGCAGGUGGGCUACUCAGGGCGAGUGAAGAGAUAAGGCAUCCAAUCAGGGAUUGGCCACCUGCAGCCCUGCCAAUAUGCCCCUCCACCAGAUUUCCGUAAUCCCAGCACGGGAGACUGCCAGCAAUGGGAGAAAUUCAAUGGGCAGAAACAAAGAGAAGAACAAGGAAGUCGAGUUCUGAAGUUUCUCUGUCAUCAAGAUCAUUGACACCUUUCUUGGGCACUUCCAGACUACUGAUGAGCCCACCAAAGAAUGAAAAAUCCCCAGGGCGAUCUGCAAGUCGAUCAAGUAACAUUUCAAAAGCAAGCAGCCCAACAACAGGGACAGCUCCCAGGAGCCAGUCAAGGUUGUCUGUCUGUCCAUCCACUCAGGACAUCUGCAGAUCUGCCAUCUUGCAUGACAUGUCAGAAGAGUCAUUUGAGUAUUGCACCCCUGUCGUGGUGCUGAGCCCUGCUAGGAAGGAGUCUGGUAAGAAAUCAGUAAAACAAAGACCUAGGAGGAGGAGAAAAGCCUCUGAGAGAUAUGAGCAUGCUGCAGAAGAACAAAUAAGAGGAAGAAAAAAUGACUUUCACCUUCAAAUCUCAAGCCCCAGAUGGAGGGAGCUUUACACAGAUUCUUCAGAUUCAUCUUCCACAGAUGAGAGUCGUUGGAUUCAGGCAAAAAGAAGAGCCCAGGUUAAAUUCAGACUGUCAAGAAGAAGGAGGAGAAAUAAUAAUAAGCCAUGCGAAAACUUAGCUGGGUCUUCCACUCCUAAUGGAAUUGAGCUUGUUGAUCUGGGAUCCAAAGGUAAAGAGCAACAAGAGCUGAUCGAAUGUGAGAGCUGCUCUUUAAGUCUCCGCAGAGGAAAAGGUACAAGGUGCCAAGAAUGCAGCACUUCUCUGACUCAAGGAUCCUCUGAAAUUAAGAGAUCCUCAAGGAAUCAUGAGAAGAGCAAAGGUAGAUAUCACCACAGAGAUCCUCAGCUCUUGCAAAGUCUUAGGAAAAAUGAAAUAAUAAAGAAGACAUUUUCCGAAACAGAUUCCAGCACUGAAAUGCUGGGAGUUCCAGAAGGCAGCAAGGACAUGAAUGAUGCAGGGCUCCAGGUGAAUAACCCUGUUCGGAAGCCUCCUGCCACCUAUGACGAUGGGUCUGAUAAUUUAGAAGUAUGCAGAAUCUGUCACUGCGAAGGGGAUGAAGAGAGCCCCCUCAUCACACCCUGUCGCUGCACUGGGACACUGCGCUUUGUCCACCAGUCCUGCCUCCACCAGUGGAUAAAGAGCUCAGAUACACGUUGCUGUGAGCUCUGCAAGUAUGACUUCAUAAUGGAGACCAAGCUCAAACCCCUCCGGAAGUGGGAGAAACUACAGAUGACCACAAGUGAAAGGAGGAAAAUAUUCUGCUCUGUCACAUUCCACGUAAUCGCGAUCACCUGUGUGGUUUGGUCUUUGUAUGUAUUGAUAGAUCGAACAGCGGAGGAAAUCAAGCAAGGCAAUGACAAUGGUGUCCUUGAAUGGCCAUUUUGGACAAAACUGGUUGUGGUAGCCAUUGGCUUCACAGGAGGUCUUGUCUUCAUGUACGUCCAGUGUAAAGUCUACGUUCAGUUGUGGCGCAGGCUGAAGGCCUACAACCGUGUGAUCUUUGUACAAAAUUGCCCAGACACUGCCAAAAAACUGGAGAAGAACUUCUCAUGCAAUGUAAACACAGACAUCAAGGAUGCUGUGGUAGUGCCUGUAUCACAAACAGGUACAAAUUCACUGCCAUCUGCAGAGGGUGGCCCCCCUGAAGUUGUAUCAGUUUGAUGGAACCUGUUGGGAGUUCCUUCACCGAAGAAUAUCUUUCUAGCCCUCAGCCACUACAAAUGACAGAAGUGAUCUUGAAUUAUUUACUCUCUUCAGCUCCUCCUUUCUCCUACUGACACAUUUUUCCUGACUUUGUUCAAAGAGGAAAGGAGGAAAACACACCAAAUGCCCAGGAUCCCAUGAAGUAUAGCGUGAAGUAUGAUACGGAAAUGUGAAGUUUGCCAGAGAAUGAUUUCUAAGACAAUUAAGAACUACUGGGGCAAUGAAUGCUUUUAGGCAGUAAUCAAAGAUUAAAUGGACCCAUGAUACUCUUCAAAGUAACAGGGGAAAAGUUCAAGAAUACAGACUUGAAUUGCAAUGUGUAUUAUUUCUAGGGCCUUGUAAUGUUAACUGUCUCAUCUGGAAAUAACAAACAUAUUUGGUUUUAAGCCUGAAAUUGUCUGCAUUAUCCCUAAGUCACAUUGGAAGAGAACUUGGAGGAUGCGUAUUUUGAUAUGUUUUGACAGCUAACAGAUUUUUAUGGUUAUAGUGGAGUCCGGUUAUUUUGACAGAUGCAUGUUUUUUAAAUAGAUGCAAUAUACACUUGAAGACAUUGAUAUUUGGAAUUAUGUUUAAGUCAUGAACAAAAGAUUUUCGGAAAAUGUUCAGAUAUAAUUACCUCUGUUAAAUACCCACAGAACUCAGUUAUCAGGUCUUAUAUUUUUUUCUGAUUCCUCUAAUACAGUGCUGUCCAAUAGAAACACAAUAACCACAAAUGCAGGCCACAUAUGUGAAUUUUUAAUUUCCCAGUAGCCCCAUUUUAAAAAGUAAAAAUAAAUGUAAAAGUGAAUUUUGAUUUUUUAAAAAUUUAACACUAUAUAUGUUAUUUCAACAUGUCAUCAAUAUAAAAAAUUGAGAUAGUUUACAUCCGUUUCUUGAAUCAAGUUUUCAAAAUCCAGUUUGUAAUUUAAAAGCACACUUCAACUUGAAUUAACUAUAUUGGAUAGCACAGCCGUAAAAUUAGAGACUAAGCUUCUGUUUUAUUUAACAGUUGAAUAUUUCAAAAAAGUUUCAUUCUUUCUUUUAUUUCAAAGUCUCAUAAAAGUUAUGAUUUUUAAAAGCACUAAAUUAAGUUAAGUAUCCUCAUUUUAAAGUCAGAUGAAGUUCACAUCUCUAAAGGGUAAAAAUCCAAAAGUAUAGAAAGAUAAAAUAAUCUGUCUGUAGCAAAGUUGUGAAAUUAAUUUGUUUGUUACUAUGAAGUACUUACGAUAGGGGAAUAAAAUUACCUAUUUUUGUUAUUGAAUCAAAUGUGUAAGGCUUAUUUCAUCCAUAUGAGGUGUCAACUUGACAGAUGAGUAAUUAUGACUAAGAAUCUAGACCUUACUUAUAAAAGCUGACAGGAUUUCCCUUGCUCAGUUAGAAAGCAAAAAUAGUCAACAGAUUCUGUGAUAAGUAAUUAAUUGUUUAGGUUUGACAGUUGAUUAUUGUGUUCUUUGCAUAUUCAUGUAAAACUGAUGUGUGAAUGGCAUUACAGUGAGUUAAUGAUUAUAGAUAUAGUAGCCUGUCAAAGAAAGACAUCCUACAUUAAAAAAGGUGUCAUAUUAUGUUAGCUGUCAUUAUUUAUUAACAUGAAAAGGCAAUGAUGGCCAUAAGAACCAAAGCAUGAGUAUUACAUUGCACAAAUCUGGGUAUCACAUGGAUGCACUUUGUAAUUAUCAGUGUGCUUGUUCUUCACAGAUCAUAGGAAAAAGGAAAAAAGAAACAAACCUUUAAAUGAGGAGAAAGAUGGUAUGAAUAUUAGUAGUGGCUGACAUUGAGUCCAAAUAGUCUUGAUUCCUAGAAAUAAACAAAAGGUAAACAAUGUCAAUUUUGUGUGUGUGUAUGGCGUGUGUGUAUUCAUGUAUAUAUGCGGGGAAAACGUUAAGGUAUUCAGUCAGGAAACACAAGAUUUAAAACUCAUCUUUCUUAAAACUUGUUAUAAGCAUAGGGAAAACAAAGUCGAGGUAACUUAACCAAAAAUUCUGUAUAAAUAAGGAUAUAAGUAAUGUUUUAAAAAACAUGUGGACCUUAAACAAAUUAAACUGUAUAUUAAAUUCCUCUUAAAUUCUCAUUUUAAAUAUUUAAGAUAAAUAUAUUUAUGAAUAACAAAUCUGUGGGUGAUUUAACCACGGCACCACAUCCAAGGGAUUAACCUUAAUGCAAUUUUCGUGUUAAUUGUCCCAAGCUUCUUACUAAUCCAUUUUCCCUGUGGGUUAGUAAUGGCAACAUGCUGUUUACAGAUAUGUUAUCUACAGAAAAACAUCUAGAUAUCAGCAAACAAAGAAAUGUUGAUUUCUCUUUUGUUUGCUCUGAAAGUAAAAUCGUCAUUUACCUUAAUUAAUAUGGAAAAUAUUGUUUAAAUUCUGUACGAACCUAAACAAGAUAGGUUGCAGGGUUGAUUUCACAGUGGAGGAUGAUUGGCUAAAAUAAAGCCUUAUCUAUUAAGGGCUACACUUAACACUAAGAAAACAUUUCUAGAAUGAAAAGCAAAGAUAAGCAUUAUUGUAUUAAUAGUAAAAGAGGACAUGGGAUUUUAAAACUGUAUCUAAAUUCUUGAAAUUAACUUUUAUGGGCUUGGACAUUGUUGAAAUGAGAAAAUAAUAUCGCUUCCUGGCAGGUUAAAAGUCAACACUUGAUUUUGCUCUUCUUCUGACUUUUUGAAACCCUGAAGUUCUGAAUUUCAAGCUUUUAAGAAGCUUUUCAGCAAUGGUUGUUUAUGGUUCAAACAUCUGAAAUAACUACCUGCAUUUAAAAUCUAAUGUUGAUUAUUUUAUUUUUACAUUCUGUGUGGCAAUGGAACAUUUGCCCUUUCAAACAAUAAAACGAUUUAGCUUCGUGGCAGUGCUUUUUUUUGUGGACUGACUAUACCCUUCAAAAAGGAAAACUGCUCUACAGAAUGCCAAUUUUGAGGCAUGUUUACCUGCUCAUGGAAGAAAUAAAAUGGAACUGAAAAAACAGGACUAAAAUUGAAGAAUGAAAUUACCGUUGUGUUAAAAACCUUGGCUCUUUAUAAUCAUGAAUCUUCAGUAUUAUCAAUACCAUAAACCAGACACUGAUGCUGUUAGUUUUUUAAAGAACGAUCACUCUUAUCGUACAGGAGCAAAGAUUACACUGUAAAAGAAAGAAAUUCCAAUUUUUUUAAAAGUAAAGCCCAAAAGGCAAGCUUAAGUACAAAACCAAAAUAAAAAUGAACACAAUCAACUAAAGUGAGCCCAACAACCUGAUACAGCAAUGUGUAACCUGCAGGAAGAUAGGUACAGACUGAAGGAGUCUUUCAAAACACCCCAGCAGUCAAUCUCACUCUGCGCUGCUUCUACACGCGAUUAUAGUCCCAGAGAGACGACCUCAUAGUUAUAUUUUAUCUUGUUUUACAAAAGGUCCUUGGGUACUCUUUAAAACAUCUAUUCUUUGGCAGGAAAAUUAGCUCAUUAGAGCAAUGACAGCAUUAAGGGAAAUUAUAAGGGCCCUGGGACUGAGGUGGGAAGAUUCUUCCAUCUGCCCCAUAUAGUUUACCCUUCCUUGCCUUGAAAAUGAAUCUUUUGGAACAGAGUACAGCUCUUAAAAGUUACUAAUAUCAUUAUUAUUAUAGUUGUUACAUAAUACUUUAAUUAAGAAAGAUGAAAACCUUUUUUCUUUCCUAAGUCAGCCCAAUGGUGCUAUUUUACAUAUCAACACAGUUGAAAGGAAGUACUGUUAUUUUGGGCUGCAGUGUUUCCUCCACAUCUAAAGAAAGCCCAUUUUGAAAUUGGAUACUGCAUUAAAACAAAGAAGGAAAAAUUAUUUUAACUGUGUGCAGUUUUUGAAAUUAGGCAUUUGUACUAUUUUGGUUUUACAUAAUUCUCUUGCAUUAACAAUUUACUGUUUUGUGAAUCAUGUGUACUAAAGCAAAUUAAGAAAAAGAAAAUAACUAUCUGUGAAAGACUUUGUAUAUUAAACAAGUGAUGCAAA